AUGCGCUCUCAUCUCUUUGGCAUUGCCGCCUUCAUUAUCGCCGCGCGUGCUGCUACUCUCGAUGACGUCUGUACCCCGUCUUACGUCCAAGCACAUCUCCCGGCAACUAGCUUCUAUCAAGGUAUCACGCUCAAUCCCUCCUCAGUCACAGCGAACCCGGUAACCAACGUCGAGGUUGUGGAUAACGACUUCUAUCCCGACGCAGUCUUCGAUUACUGCAACGUCAGCUUCACGUAUUCCCACGACGGUUUGGAUGAUCAUGUCACCCUCACAUACUGGCUUCCGGCGCCGGACAAAUUCCAGAAUCGCUUCUUGGCCACGGGCGGUGGCGGCUAUGCAAUCAACGAGGGCAACCAAUCCCUGCCCGGCGGCAUUAUCUAUGGGGCCGUCGCCGGUCUGACCGAUGCCGGGUUCGGCGCUGCUCAGAGUAAUACGAUCACCGAGUGGCUUUCUGCCAAUGGGACUCUUAAUUGGCACAACAUCUACAUGUUCGGCUACCAGGGGAUUCGUGAAAUGAGCGAGCUCGGCAAAGAGUUCACCAAGAUCUUCUUCGGUCUGACUCAAUCCAAUACCACCCUGUACACAUACUACCAAGGCUGUUCGGAAGGUGGCCGAGAAGGCUGGAGUCAGGUCCAACGCUACAAGGAUUCAUUCGACGGUGCCGUAAUCGGCGCGCCUGCCUUCCGGUGGUCAUUCCAACAGACGCAGCUCCUGUAUCCAGAUGUGGUCGAACAGACAAUGGGUUACUAUCCAUCUCCCUGUGAGCUGCAGAAGAUCGUUAAUGAGACUAUCACCAACUGCGACCCGCUUGAUGGGAAAGUGGAUGGCGUGGUGGCACGAAAUGAUCUGUGUUACAAGCACUAUGAUAUAUCUGCGGUUGAAGGACAGCCCUAUUACUGUCCUGCAACACCAGCCUCCCCUGGUUCACCGGCUACGCCUGGCCAACAAGGAAACGUGACGAAAAAAGCAAUCGCGGUGGCAAAGGAAAUCCUCAAAGGGUUACAUGAUACCCACGGCAGACGGGUAUACUUCGCGCCCACUCCCAGCGCCCAAUUUACCGAAGCGCAGACCCGCUGGAACGCGACAUCUAAUGAAUGGGGAUUAUCAAUUAUCAGCCUCGGUGGUGUAUUUGUCGAAGUGGAGCUCAAUUUGCUCAAUGGGUCAAACAUUCCAAACCUCAAUGGCGUUACCUACGACACACUGAGAGACUGGAUCUACGAGGGCAUGCAGCGAUUUCAAGGUGUGCUCGAGACUACCUGGCCUGAUAUCAAUCCAUAUAAGGAGGCUGGCGGAAAGAUACUUUUGUUCCACGGUGAGUCGGACUGGGGUAUUCCCACCGCGUCCUCGGUUCGUUACUGGGAGUCGGUGCGCAAGAUCAUGAACCCCGGCAAAAGCUACAACGAGUCCGUCGCUGCUCAAAACGAAUUCUUCCGUCUCUACCUCGUACCUGGUGCGACCCACUGCGCAGCAAAUCCCGCCGAGCCUAAUGGUCCCUUCCCUCAGACAAACCUGGGCGUGAUGAUAGAAUGGGUAGAGAGGGGUGUCGUGCCUGAGACUCUGAAUGGCACGGUAUUGCAGGGGAAGAACAAGGGCCAGAAUCAACAGAUCUGUGCCUGGCCACUGAGACCGGUCUGGACGCACAACGCAACCAACCCGGAUUGCCAGUACGACCAGAAGAGUGUUAAUUACUGGAACUAUGACCUGGAUGCGUUUGCGGUGCCGAUAUAUUAA